CACCAUGAGCCUCAGCGAGGGGCAGGUGCACAGGUUCCUGGAAGAGAACCCCAGCUUUACAGACUGGUACUUUGGGAAGAAGCUGAGCCCCGAGAAUGUGGCCAGCGCCUGUGAGGAGAGGCCCCCCGUGGACUGCACCAGCUUCCGGGAGCUGUGCCAGGUGGAGGAGAGCGUGGCGCUGUUUGAGCUGGUGCAGGACAUGCAGGAGAGCGUGAACAUGGAGCGGGUGGUCUUCAAGAUACUGCGGCGCCUCUGCACCAUCGUGCGUGCUGACCGCUGCAGCCUCUUCAUGUACCGCCAGCGCAACGGCGUGGCUGAGCUGGCCACGCGCCUCUUCAGCGUGCAGCCUGGCACCGUCCUGGAGGACUGCCUGGUGCCUCCCGACCAUGAGAUCGUCUUCCCCCUGGACAUUGGGGUUGUGGGCCACGUAGCUCAGACCAAGAAAACGGCCAAUGUCCGGGAUGUGACUGAGUGCCCCCACUUCAGCACCUUUGCCGAUGAGCUGACUGCCUACGAAACAAGGAAUAUCCUGGCCACUCCGGUUAUGAACGGCAAGGACGUCGUGGCUGUAAUCAUGGCCGUGAACAAGCUCGACGGCCCAUAUUUCACAAGUGAAGACGAAGAUGUUUUCUUGAAGUACCUGAAUUUUGGCACAUUAAACCUGAAGAUCUACCACUUAAGCUACCUACACAACUGUGAGACGCGCCGAGGCCAGGUGCUGCUGUGGUCGGCCAACAAGGUGUUUGAGGAGCUGACAGACGUCGAGAGGCAGUUCCACAAGGCCUUCUACACUGUGCGGGCUUAUCUGAACUGUGACCGAUACUCGGUGGGCCUACUGGACAUGACCAAGGAGAAGGAAUUCUUUGACGUGUGGCCCGUGCUGAUGGGAGAGGCCCAGGCAUACUCAGGCCCACGCACGCCCGAUGGCCGGGAAAUCCUCUUCUACAAAGUCAUCGACUACAUCCUCCACGGCAAGGAAGACAUCAAGGUCAUCCCCACACCCCCAGCUGAUCACUGGGCCCUGGCCAGUGGCCUUCCGACCUACGUGGCAGAAAGUGGCUUCAUCUGUAACAUUAUGAAUGCCCCUGCUGACGAAAUGUUCAAAUUUCAGGAAGAGCCUCUGGAUGACUCUGGGUGGGUCAUCAAGAAUGUCCUCUCCAUGCCCAUUGUCAACAAGAAAGAGGAGAUUGUGGGGGUUGCAACGUUUUACAACAGGAAAGAUGGGAAGCCCUUUGAUGAGCAGGAUGAAGUCCUCAUGGAGUCCCUCACGCAGUUCCUGGGCUGGUCUGUGCUGAAUGCCGACACCUACGACAAGAUGAACAAGUUGGAGAAUCGCAAGGACAUCGCCCAGGACAUGGUUCUAUACCAUGUGAAAUGUGACAAAGAUGAGAUCCAGGCCAUCUUGCCAACCAAAGAGCACCUGGGGAAGGAGCCUGCUGACUGUGAGGAGGAUGAGCUGGGGGAAAUCUUGAAGGAAGUGCUGCCGGGGCCCAAGAAGUUCGACAUCUACGAGUUCCACUUCUCUGACCUGGGGUGCACAGAGCUGGAGCUGGUCAAAUGCGGCAUCCAGAUGUAUUAUGAGCUGGGGGUGGUCCGCAAGUUCCAGAUCCCCCAGGAGGUCCUGGUGCGCUUUCUGUUCUCCGUGAGCAAAGGCUACCGGAGAAUCACCUACCACAACUGGCGCCACGGCUUCAACGUGGCGCAGACGAUGUUCACGCUGCUCACGGUGCGAGGGCCGCGCUCCCGGGGCCGCCUCCGCCAGCGCGGUGGGUGGGGGGACGCCGGGCUGGGGUGGGCGGCCGGGGUGCGGCCGGGCUGCAGGGCGCGUCUCCCUGCAGACCGGGAAGCUCCAGAUCUACUACACGGACCUGGAGGCGUUCGCCAUGGUGACCGCCGGCCUGUGCCACGACAUCGACCACCGCGGCACCAACAACCUGUACCAGAUGAAACCCUGAACAUCUACCAGAACCUGAACCGGAGGCAGCACGAGCACGUCGUCCACCUCAUGGACGUCGCCAUCAUCGCCACCGACCUGGCGCUCUACUUCAAGAAGAGGACCAUGUUCCAGAAGAUUGUGGACGAGUCUAAGAACUACGGGGACAGGAGGAGCUGGGUGGAGUUCCUGUCCCUGGAGACCACGCGGAAAGAGAUCGUCAUGGCCAUGAUGAUGACGGCCUGCGACCUGUCGGCCAUCACCAAGCCCUGGGAGGUCCAGAGCAAGGUCGCUCUGCUGGUGGCAGCUGAGUUCUGGGAACAAGGUGACUUGGAAAGAACAGUUCUGGAUCAGCAGCCCAUUCCCAUGAUGGACAGGAACAAGGCAGCCGAGCUCCCCAAACUGCAGGUUGGCUUCAUCGACUUCGUGUGCUCAUUUGUGUACAAGGAGUUUUCCCGUUUCCACGAGGAGAUCCUGCCCAUGUUCGAACGGCUGCAGAACAACAGGAGGGAGUGGAAGGCCCUGGCUGAUGCUUACGAGGCGAAGGUGAAGGCCCUGGCGCAGCAGGAGGAGGAGAGGACCACGGCCAAGAAAGGGGGCACAGAAAUUUGCAAUGGUGGCCCAGCACCCAAGUCUUCAACCUGCUCCAUCCUGUGAGCCUCCAGAAGGAAGGUUCCCUCCCACCACACGCCCACUGGGACUCAGCCUCUAACCAUUUGGUGCAAGAGGUUAGGACACCCAAGAAAAUGACUGAAGAGAAUUUUGGCUAGUUUGAAAUUUUAAGGUUUGUGUUUUUAUUAACUGAAGCCAACUACAAAUGAACAGAUAACCUUACACUCACCCGCCUUCUGGACAGAGACCUUGAGAAGCACCUGUGAGCUGUGUCUGCAGGCACUAGGGGACAGCAUGCACAACUGCACACGUGAUGUACAUAUAGAUGCUGUCUCUCAUCUGACUUAAGAAAAACACAAGACCAGAAAUUUAGAAUAAAAUGAAAAGGAAACAAGUUGCCUUCUCUUAUAUGACAGAAAUUAUGGUGGAAGGUGUGUCAUUUUAAGACCCAUCAGAAAAGUCUGCCAAAAGGUCGGGGUCAUGAGUAGAGCCACCAGACAUGACGUGUGCAGAAAAUAGUCUGUUAUAGACACUGUACGGAAUUGCUCUGAACUCAGUGGCCCCAGAGGCCAGGGUGGCCCUCCUGCCCACACCUGUAGCUGCCCAGGGUCUUCCUCCCCACUGAGGCUUCCCUCUCAGCAGCAACCACACUUCCAGUGACUUACUGUGAGCUGGGAAGAGACAGACCCAAACCAGGAGACACAGGUCUCACACGAGGUGGGCACUAUUACCUGUAGAAAUUAAGGAGUUUUAACUAGUGAGCCCCACAGCAUUUGUUCCGGACACUUGUGCUGGACCCCACGACUUCCCUCAGGCUGGUUUCUUAAGGCCACUUCAGUUGCCACAAAGGCCCUCCCCAAGAUCUCCUGUGGGGAUGGACAUGCCCCAUAUGGCCCUCUGCUCCCAGUUCUUUCCAUGUCAGCAGUGGCACCUGGCCACUCGGGCCUGUGACUGAGCACAGGGACUCUUUCAGGUUCCUGCAGGGGCUCAGCGCCAGCCAACCGCUCUAGACUGGGUUCUCCAGGAGAUACUCUAGGACCUGGGUGGGCUCACUCAGCCCUCACCUGAGCCAGGAGCAGGGCUUUCAAGGGCUCAUCUGCUGCUGUAUUUUCUUUCCACUUUUGUGUCACAAACCAAUAUGAUCAAAGCCUAGGAAACGGGCUCAAGGCAAAUGGUUGGGAGAGCAACUUUCCACCACCAGGCUGUGGGGAAUGGGCGGGCAGCCAGCAGGGGCAGAACGUGGCUGGCUGCUCAGGCGUCUGGGCCCAAGCCUCCUGACAGGCAACGAUGCCCCAGCAGGUCCUCGGGGAGCCAAGCGCCUCUGGGGUCAAGGGAAGGUGUCAGCCAAGCCCCACCCCAACAUGCACAGCGCCUGUCCAAGGGUCUGGGCCAGGGCCGGGCAGGAAGGAUCAGGCAGUGCCCACAACACCAUGCUGGCUAUGUCUCUGCUAUAAACUGCAGCCGUCGGGCUCCUCACCUGGGCACCCGGGGAACAGGGCAGAGCUUCUGUGCUUCCUG